AUUAAUACCCAUUUAUAGAGUUGAGCGAUUAUUCUCGAGUCGUCUGUCUUCUAUCACCUGCUGACACUCUUGAAGAGCAACCAAUCUCUGCUACAAUGCCUAGUAUACUUUAUUGUGUUUUCUGGUUUUAUUUCCUUGCGGUCACCUGGUUCUUUUGGAGUUCGGUAGUGUCGGCAUGUUUUAAAAUCCAGAUUAUCCAACACUUGUAUAUUUCUAUGUUGGAUAGACUGUUUUCCUACGCCGCCUCGGCUGUCACAGUAAAGGACGACAUUAAAAGAAUAAGGAGUGUUGACAGUUUUGAAAACCUUGAUACGUAUGAUGAUGAUUUGAUUGAAAGGGACAUUCAACUAACUGAAGGAGGUGUAAAGGUUAAAAAUCAUCUUGUUCCAGAUCAAAAAGGAUUCAGAUUAUACUACCCAACCUACUUAGUUAAAUGUGGGAUAGAGGCUAUUAUAGAAGAUUCUGUCACCAAGAGAUUCACAGCUGCAGAGUUAAGAGUAUGGAAUUUCUUGAGUCGCAACCAGAGUUAUGUAUAUGCCAAGAGAGAUAACCAUACCACCCUAAUGAUGCUAUGGCUUGUGGGCCUCAUUGUUCGCUAUGUAAUAUUCCUGCCGUGCAGACUUGUUGUUUUCCUCUCUUCAGUUUUCUUAAUAUGGAUUUUAGGCGCUGUGGCUCGGAAGCUUCCUCCUUCACGGUUUAAAAACUGGUUAUCCACCGAAGGAAUCCAGGCAGCCGUACGGCUUAAUUUGUGUUCAUACUCCGCUGUUAUUCGUUUCCACAACAGAGAAAACCGCCCUAAAGCAAAUACAAUUUGUGUCGCCAAUCACACGACACCGUUUGAUUGGUGCAUUUUGGCCUCAGACGUUACCUACGCUGUUGUUGGGCAAAAGCAUGGAGGAUUUUUUGGUUUUGUUGAACGGGUAAUCUCGUGUGCUGUGCCUGCCGUUUGGUUUGAUCGUGAGGAAAUUUUAGAUCGUCUUUCUACAGCUAAAAGGUUAAAAAACCACGCAGCUACACCGAAUGCUGAACCUAUUCUAAUUUUUCCAGAAGGUACAUGUAUCAAUAAUACAUCAGUCAUGAAAUUCAAGAAAGGUUGUUUUGAAGUGGGCGCUGAAAUUCAUCCUGUUGCAAUCAGAUACAAUCCAUUAUUCGCUGACUGUUUUUGGAACAGCAGCCUAGAUAGUUUAUUCCAGUACAGUUUAAAAAUAAUGACAUCAUGGGCUAUUAUGGUAGAUGUUUGGUAUUUACCACCCACUAGAAAAUUAGAUCAAGAAGAUUCAAUUGCAUUUGCAAGACGUGUACAGUAUAGUAUUGCACAAUGUGGCGGUAUGAUUGGGAUGGAUUGGGAUGGUGAAUUAAAACGAAACAGACCAAAAGACACAUUGAAACAUGCACAACAAAAAUAUGUUAGUCAAUAUGUCAUACCUGCUGACUCACAUUCAUCCUCUACAUAAAAAGCUGAUCUAUCCUGUAUACACACCCAACCACACACGUGAAAUUUUUCUACUACAACUUUGAUCUUGCAUUCUCUGUUGAAUCCUACCAAAUUGUUAUUGUUUAUUUUUGAAUUAAUAUUUUACAUUUGAAUUUGUAGUUAUCUUACAAUUUAAGUUCUCCUUAGUUUACACACAUUCCUCUGUUUUGUAUUAUUAUUAUCUAAAGAGAAUUCAUCCAGAGCAAGUGAAAUCACGCUUUUCUAUUUUGCAACAAUUCAUUGUUCUUUUCUUGUUUUCCUGUAUUUGAGAUUGAAACUUUUGUAAUCCUCUUACUUUUGUAUUUGUUAUUGAAAAGGUGUUUCGAUUAUUAUUAUUAUUAUUAUUAUUACCAAAUAUAUAGACUCCAAUUACCGUUGCACCGCUAUAUAUAUACUAGUCUGUUUAUUUGCUCUUUGAUAUCGCUAUCAGUUAGUCAACCAACCUCUCUGUCUUCUAAUCAUUUUUACAUUAAUGUGACAAUCUUGUUGAUUCUGCUACUACUUAUUUUCUUUCCUCAAACAAACAAGAAUUAAUGUGUUCUAUUUAUCAUUUCAAUGUAUAGAGAAAGUGAUGGAAAAGUUGAACUGUAUAAAAGGAAUUCAUAAACAUAAUGGUGUAUAUACUAUUGAUUGGUUUUAAUUUUCAUCUUAUACAUCAGACAAGUAUUGUUUUUUAGUUUUUUCCGGGGGCUGACAUUAAAACAGUUGUGGUUUUUUUCCCUUAACCCUAACGAUAACUUUUGAAAGUAUGACUGUGAAUAUUAAGAAUUAGUGAUUGAUUCAAGUGUUAUGGAAAUGUUUACUCAAUAUAGUCUGGGUGCACACUUUUUCCGCCC